ACCACGGUGACCUCAGCCUCUUCGAUCUGAGCAUGUGUGCGGUGCAGGCGAUCCAGCAGCAGAUGUGUGUGGCCCACAGCUUACCUGUCAGCUACAGGCUGCUGUCCGUCUCCGAGCUCGUCUCCCAGCAGCACCUGGCCUGCGUCAGCAACCUGUCCUGGAGCACCAAUCAGCAGAGAGCCUGGGCCAGGGAGGCGGAGCUCGCCGUGCCGGGUCAGAGGGCGCUGCCGAGGGUCAACCUGCUGCUGAUUGGCUGUCUGAGAGAAGGCCCUGACGGAGAGUACAGGCUGAUGGACGCCAGCGGCAGUGUCAUGUGUGAGGAACACACACACUCUGAGUCUCUGCUGCUGAUGUCACAGCCUGUUGAGGACGACUGUGAGGAGGCGGAGCAUGAGGAGGUGGAGCUGGACCAAUCAGCUGUGAAGAUAAAGCAAUCCAAAGUCAUCAGCUACCAGCCUCCUCUGCUGUGAUAAGGCAUGGUGACUGAAGUUGUGAGUGAGGGGGCGGGGCUCUACGUGCUGGAUGGGAAGGUAGGUCUGUGCGUGGCCUAUCAGCCGGCGGUGAAGAGGAAGCUGAGGGCGGGAGACAGAGUGGAGUUGCAUCACGCCCACUUCCUGUACCGGCCCUGCCCGGACUUCCCUUCCAGCAUGCUUUGCACCUGCCUGCGCUCCAGCCUGAGGGUGACGGCCUUCAGCAGGGCGGGAGGCUCGCCACCCGACAACCGCUGCCCGGGAGAUGGGGUGUUAACACGGUUACUGCUGCAGAGAAACAUAGAUGUGUCCGAUUACCUGUGGACGUGUCACCUAAGCUCGCAGCUGGCACAGAGCUGGAGACGAGGACGCAGAGACAUCUACUCUGAGAUGCUGGACGAGCCUCACACCUGUCCUGUGACUCAGUACAGCGUGUCCUCAGCGGUCCGUCAGUACCUCGGUGUGUCGGAGCUCCUGGAGUCCCUGCAGACUGACUGCUGGUCUUCAGCCCCUCUGAGCUCUCUGCUGCCCCUUGAUGGCUCCAACCUGACCUCCUCCCAGAUCAACGGGUUCCUGUCCUGGUCUUGCAGGACUCUGUCCUCCGAGCUUCGGGGUGGAGACGCUGUCAGGCAGCGCCCCCUGCUGCUGGUCGGCGUGCUGGAGCUGCCGUCACAGAUGUCUGAGUUCAAACACUCGAUGCAGCUCAGAGACGCCACAGGAGCUGCAGCCUGCGUGCUGACGGAGAGCAGCGAGGAGGAGGAGGGAGCGCAGAGGGCAGUCUUUAACAGCGCCUGGAUCGGUUGUCUGGUGGGUGUGGUGCAGUUCACCAUGGUGACAGAGAGAUUCCUCCAAUCAGAUUUCCCCUCCUACCAACACCUGGACCAGGACAGGUUCAUCACACACAAACACUGCAGGGUUUACCUGCAGUUCUCUCUGGACCACCUGCACAUCCUGAGUCCAUCUGUUGCCAUGGAGACACACCUGAGACACAAGUGGGAGGAGCCAGGAGGGGAUGUCACUGCCAGGAAGCAGACAGUAGAAGAAGAAGAAGAGGAUCCCAGUGUUUUGAUUGGCUUUGGAGUUUCUGGGCGCAGUGGGGUGGAUCUCCACGCUGAGUCAACCCUACAAGUCAGACAUGGUUGGAGAUUCCAUGGUUGGAAGGCCGUCCCACCCACAGUUUUGUCUGUCUCAGAGGUCUUAGACGGCAGUUCAGAGCUGGUGUGUUUUCAGGGUGUGGUGUCUGAAAGGAUCAGUGUGAACAACAGGACUGCCCACUCUGGACACACACACUCAGGUGUGCGUCUCACUCUUUGUGACCAAGCUGGGAGAAGUCUGCAGGUGUACCUGGACUUAAGCCACACCCCGUACCCACCUGGCCUGUUGCCGGGUAACACUCUGCUGUUGUCUGGUUUCCAGAGGAGGCUGUCCAGGACAGGAAGUGUGUACUGCACGUACUUACCUGUCAGCUCCAUAACUGUGGUCUCCCUGGGAGACAGCAGCUCGGCCCAGCCUCCUCCUCCUGCUCCCAUCAUGCACCUGGGCGAGUGGGCUCUGAGCAGCAAGCAGAGGUGAACUGUGGGACAGGUCAAAGGUCACGUGGUGCGUUUCCUGUUCCUGCAACUGCAGUGGAGCUGCUCACUGUGUGGCAGCGUGUACACACAGGGCUGCAGCAGCUCUCAGUGUCGCUCGACCUCGUCAGUGUUUCAGUCCAAAGCAAAGCUGGUGAUUGAUGACGGGACAGGUGAGGCUCACGUCUGGUUCUCAGCUGCUCUGGUUUGUGCUCUGCUGGGAUUGGCUGAUGCUCAGUGGGAGGGGCUUCAGAGAACACUCAGGGUCAGAGGUCACAUCAGAGUCUUCCCUCGUGGGCAGAGCCAGGUCAGUAGCACCUGUCAGGUGUAUAUAUUUACCUGUCACAGGUGAAUCACGUGCUCAUCGUCGUCUUUAAACUUUAUUUUAUCUUUAAAAUUUA